AUGACUUCUGAAUACGAGUCCAAGGAGAUCAAACUCACCGUCGAUGCCGCGGGCAUUGCAACCGACACCUCUACGGGUGAGGUGAACGACAAAUCGAUCUGGUUCAAGACGCGACAAUGGAUUCGAAGUGUUGGAGCCGAAGAGCUAGGUAUCGAGCGCAUUCCAGAAGAGAUGCGGACGAACCAGAACCCACGCGAUCUCUUCACUAUAUUCUUUUCAGCUAAUUGCAAUGUUGCUACGCUCGCCUUGGGGUUUCUCGGUCCUACUCUCUUUGGACUUGGAUGGUGGGAUUCCUUCUGCUGCAUCCUCUUCUUCAAUCUAUUCGGUGCAAUUUUCCCAGCACUCGUUGCACGCUAUGGCCCGAAACUGGGGUUGAGAACUAUGAUUAUUCCUCGAUACUGCUUUGGAUGGUGGCCUGCAAAAGCUCUCGCUAUUCUUAACUGCAUCAACCAAAUUGGAUGGGCCAUGGUGAACGCCAUCAGCGGGGCUAGCGUUCUAUACGACGUCGGCGAUGGUGAUCUGCCACUUGCUGUGGCUGUUCUUAUCGUCGGUAUCUGCGCCGUGGUGAUGGGUCUCUUUGGUUACAAGGUGCUCCAUCUGUACGACAGGUAUUCGUGGAUUGUCAUGCUCAUCUGCUUCAUCAUCGUGGCCGGAUUCGGCGCGAAGCAUUUCAUCAAUAUCCCCAUGGGCUCGGGCUCCUUGGAAGCUUCGAACGUCUUAUCCUUCAGCACGUCAAUCAUCGGCUUCGAAAUUGCAUGGCUCCCUGUCGCUGCGGAUUAUGGUGUCUACAUGCGGGAAACGACCAAAGAUCGCAAAUCGUUCUGGUAUGCCUACGGCGGCUUUCUCAGCAGUCAAUUGUUCAUUGAACUGCUUGGUGCAGCGGUCGGGACCCUGAGUGUCAGUAAGAACAGCUAUUUCACCGACGCUUACGGCGCCCGAGGUAUUGGUGGUCUCAUCGGCGCAUCGUUUGGAGCCUACGGCAAGGGAGCGAGAGGCUUCGGCAAGCUCAUCGAGGUCCUGCUCGGCCUAUCGUGUGUGGCCGUGAUCACCACCAACAUCUACUCCCUCGGCUUGAGCGUUCAGAUGGUCACGCAGAAGCUCCUGGUUGUGCCUCGCUUGGUCUGGUCUCUCAUCGGGUCUGUGAUAUUCUUGGCGGCGGCCAUGGCCGGUCGCGACCACCUCGAGGAAGCCAUGGAGAACUUCUUAUUGAUAUGUGCAUACUGGAUCGUGCCAUUCUCGACCAUCCUGCUCGUUGAGCACUUCAUCUGGAGACGGGGAUACAAGUACGAUGUGACCGCCUGGAAUGAUCGAACAAAGCUUCCAUACGGAAUCGCUGCGUCAAUCGCCUGGGUCGUCGGUACCGUGCUCGCUCUGCUCACCAUGUCACAAACAUGGUGGGUCGGACCGAUCGCGGCGGGCAUCGGGAGCAGUCCGUACGGGACAGAUAUCAGCUGGAUCCUCGCGUUUGCAGCCACUGCGGUUGUCUACGUGCCGUUGAGAAUCUGGGAGCAGAAGCAAUGGCAUCGGUUUGGAUGA